CAGGGGGAAAGGUCAGCAGGGUCCUGGAGCCGCCCUGUCACUCCCAGACAGCCAUGAACUGCAGCGAGAGCCAGCGGCUGCGAACCCUCCUGAACCGCCUGCUGCUGGAGCUGCAGCACCGGGGCAACGCCAGUGGCCUGGGCGCUGGCCUCGGACCCAACAGGGGCAUGGGGGUCGUGCCUGACACCUUCUUGGGCAGCGAGGUGACCAGUCCCAAGGGCGACGACGCGUAUCUCUAUAUUCUGCUUAUCAUGAUCUUCUACGCGUGCCUGGCCGGAGGCCUCAUCCUGGCCUACACCCGCUCCCGCAAGCUCAUGGAAGCCAAGGACCAGAUGUCCCAGGCCUGCCCCGAACACCAGUGGGUCAUGGGAGGCGCCCUGGCCGCAGCCAACGCCGAGACUGCCUCCGGUUCACCUGCUGAGAGACGCCAUCAGCUCGCCCCUGGGGAAAUGCCCGCCCUCGCCCAGAGCACCGAGGGGGUCUAG